AUGGUUUGUGCUAGAAUUCUGGUGGAGGUGUCAAUUGAUCAAGAUUUCCCAACUGAAAUUGCGUUUGUGAAUGAGAAUGGAGUGAUGCAGAGUCAAUUGGUGCAAUAUGCAUGUGGUGAGAUAGCCGUGGAAGGUAAUAACACAUUGAAGGUGCUGGCACCAAUUUCAGAACAUACAUGUGAAGAGGAUGAAGUAGAGGUUCUAGGUGAAAUUGAUAGGACUUUAGAGGUUGACAAGUGUGCUGAGGUAUCAAUACUGGUCAAAGGAGAUGAAGUUACUGAAAAUGGAGUGAAGCAGGCUUUAACUUUGGAUUUAAAUAGACCUCACAAACAUGGGGAUGUUAGGUGGCUAUUAAACCAACACUCUCUGGGGGGAGGUAGAAUAUGGGUGGUGUGGCUUCCUUUAAAGUUUAAUGUGAAUGUAAUUGAGGUAACAACUCAAUUUAUUCAUGUCUUAGCUCAUCAUACAAAUAUUGAGAAGAACUUAUUUGUUACUAUGGUUUAUGGUGCAAUUGAUGCUGGACCAUUUUUUACAUGGUCAAAUAAGCAGAAAGCAGAGGAUAGAGUGUUCUCUAAAAGUGAUAGAGUAUGUCUGAGUGAUGAGUGGGAGGAUAUGUUUCAUGAUGUUGUUGCCAAUUUUCUCCCUGAAACAGUUUCAGAUCACAGUCCUUGUGUGAUACAAUUAGUUGGUAAUGUUAUUGAUAAACCUAAACCUUUUAGGUUUUUCAAUAUGUGGGUACAGGCGGAGGAAUUUCAUGAUAUUGUUAAAGCAGCUGAUGAAGCCUUGGCUAAGUUGAGACUAAUUCAAGGCCAGAUUCAGAAUGAUCCAGAAUUGGUUAAAGGAGGUGAUGCCAAUACUAGGUAUUUUCAUGCUUGGUUAAAGAAAAGCAGGACUUACAAUCACAUUCAUAUAUUGAAGAACAUGAAGGGUGUUUGUAUGGAGAAUCAGGAUGAUCUGGUGGCAUCCUUUCUUCAGUUUUACCAAGGGCUCCUGGGUACUACUCACUUAGUUAGAAGGAAGGCAAUGUUUGACAUUGAUAAUGAAAAGGCUCCUGGUCCAGAUGGUUUCACUAGCUACUUUUUCAAACAAUCAUGGCAUUGUGUUGGACAGGAGAUUGUUCAAGCUGUGCUAGAUUUUUUUCAGAUAGGAAGGUUGUUGAAGCAGGCUCAAGAGGGUGCUUCUGACUCUGGUGAAUUCAGUACAAAGUGCAUUUAUUGGGGAGAGAGUUAUCUUCCUUAA